AUGUCUACCCAAGAGGACGUAGGCGGCAUCGAGCCAGAAGGCCCAUCAGCCGCCGACUCGGCCGGUGGCCGGGUUUGGCAAGCUUGUCUUGCCUGUCGGCGCAAAAAGAUCAAAUGCGAUGGAAAGCAACCCUGCCACAACUGCAGCUCCCGUGAUCAGGCAUGCACCACCGACCUGGUCGAAACACCAUCUUCUACCAGCGAAGACUCUGACUCUAGCACUGACACCGAUAGCUGGACUGAGUCAACUGUUGAGGGCCUUAGUCGAGCAGGCGCUCUCGUACGAGACUCAUACGGCCGUACACGCUUCGUCGGCGGCGCAGCGACAAACCUCAUCGUCGAGGCUGCAAAGAGCCUCCUGCCAAGUGUUGUAAAUACCACGCCAUCCUCGACCGGAGCCAGUUACAAUACACCAAACCUACCGGACCUUGAGAUACCUUCCUUUGUCCACGGAAAAGUCUGGCCUCCGCUUCCCUAUCUCCCCGAACCAGAGAGCCUACCGCGUCCGCCCCAAUACGUCUCAGACUUGCUCGUCAGCUUGUAUUUUGACAAGCUUCACUACACCUUUCCUAUUCUUAUCAAACCGCACUUUAUGAGCCGGUAUCAAAAGCUGCUGCGAGCUGGCUCAGACUGUUCAUCACCCAAAACUCGGAGGUUCCUGAUGGUGUUCUUCGCAGUGUGCGCGUGCGCAUCCGGCCUUCUGCCGACCAACUCGGAGAGCAGCUUGCCAGGCAUCGACUUCUACCAAAAUGCUCUUCUUAUCAUCUCUAGAUCAACUGGAGAGGCCUCUCUAGAGAAGGUCCAAUGCCUCGGACUGUUAUCCAUGUGCUCAGCAGGGUGGAAUACUAUUUCGCAAAGCUGGAGUCUGGCCGGCCAAGCAGUGAGAGCUGCUAUUGAUAAGGGCUUGCAUGUUAGUAGCACUUCGCACUCGACCGUUAGUGUCAAAAACACCAAGGAAUGUAUUCGUCUUGAGCAUUCUCGACGCGUGUGGUGGUGUGUCUACACUCUGGACAGAAUCACUUCAAUUUGCCUUGGACGUCCUCUGGCUGUUCAAGAUGAAGACUGCCACUGCGAAUUACCAUUGGAUAUGCGGGACGAAGACGUGGUGUCUGGCUCAUGCCAGAAGAAUGGGACUAUCAGCGAAGAAAAUACGCCGAGUCCCAUGAGUGGUUUCUUGGCUUUUGCUAGACUCUGCCGACUUGCAGGCAAGAUACAGGAGUUCAGCUCCCCCUUGAAGCUGAGGAAAAUUGCCUCCGCAAAUGCAGACAAAACCCAAAGGUUCUUGGCUCGCGUCGAUGCUCAUGACCAGGCUCUUCGAAAGUGGCUCGAGAGUCUACCAGGCGACAUUCAAUUUUCCGCAAACAGGAAGAACAAGAGCCAUGGAGACAUAUCUAUGGUCAACUGUGUAAUCAUCUUCUUCCUACACGCAGGGUCACUCAUCAACUUGUAUCGAUUUUUCUUGAAUUACCCCAAAGAAUUGGCCACACGCAACGAUGUCGACGUUUCGGGUGCCAUUGAUCAGUGCGUCAAUGCUGCGCAAGGCUGCGUUUACGUCGCGGACAUGGUUCGAGACUUGGUGCCAUCUUCACAUCAUUUGGCCAUUUGUGUUCACUACCUUACGCUUUCCGGCAUAAUCCUUCUCCGUGUGCCGCUUGAUCGCAGUAGUCAAGUCAUAUUGGAGGACGCUGAAAAGUGUGCCAAAUCUCUCAAGGACCUGGAGCCUCGGUGGUCAGGGGCCAAGAGAAGUAGAGAGAUUAUCGAGCAGUUGCUAGUCCGACGCCGCAACGAGAUUGCUGGUAACUCUCCUGCCUAUCGUGGCAAUGGAGAAAGGUUAUCAUCACAAAACGGCCCAAAGACCAGGAAAAGACCAAACAUCUUCUACUGGAUGAAGCGCCGCCAUAAGAUCGCGCGAUUUUGGACCCACUUGAACAAGAAGUAA